AGUAGUCUGGGUCUAAAGACAUUACAGGAGCUCCAUGCGGAUGAGAUCAGAUGCUGCUGCUUUGUGGAGGUGUCAAGUGGACAGGCACAGAUAGCACAAGCUCCCUUCAUCACCGGUAAUCAGUGGAUGUCCUGAGGCUGUCUGUCAUUAGAUGACCUUUGGUCUAUGGAUGUUCAUCUCUGUGGACCUAAGUCAAUACCUGAUCUUUUAACUUGACGAAGGAAACAGGGAGUUGUUGAGAUCAGGAAAUCCUGUCAUUUGUUUAUGUUUUGGACAUCUACCAGCUGUCAAGUACCAUUUAUCAGGUGGAACUCAGAUCUAAUCACAGAUGGACUUUCAGCAUAGUGAUGGUUGACACAAAUGCUCAAGUUCCUGAUCACGUGACUGUCCGGAAAGGACCGGCCUGCUGACCUCUCAACACCUUCUGGAUAAACCUUUUUAUGGGCAGCAUUAACAGUGGAUUGUGAAGAAUCUGCUUCAUUGAAUAAUACGUCACUUCAUAAGAGUGCCCUUGUCUGUACAACCUUCUCUGCAAUGCUGACUGCUGUAUGUAGCUCUUUGGGAAACCAAACAUCAGAGACUCCUGGAUCUCCGUCCACCUCUGAGCUUUCCUUAAAACCAUAUACUAUCCCUUCAGAAGCUGAUCCUGGUCUGCCUCUUCAAGAGGACAUUGCUCAAGACUAUUCCUCUGCUGAGCGCUAUACAUCCCUGUCCUCUGUACGGCUGCCAUAUCAAACAUUUGCAGGACGAGAGUCCUCAGAAACCACAUCAUUCACCAAAUUUCUGCACCCACCAUUUGAGAUGUCUAAUCCAUAUGAGUCCUGGAUGAGACCUCCAGCCCCUGGAGGCACUGGGGAGGAGAGUGGGGUUCCUUCAUGGUGGGAUCUUCAUGCUGGAUCCAGCUGGAUGGAUAUGCAAUCCAGUUCAGGAGGCUUUACAACUCCUUCACCCCACCAAACCUCUUUAGGAGGAUAUGGCUCUGAACUUUGCAUUCCCCCUACACAUAUGCUGACUCCUGCACCUCAUCUUAUGGGAAAUUUGGAUACCACAAUGGAAUCUCAUGCUGCUGAUCCAAGUUCAGAUGCUUCUCCUCGUCCAAAAGGUGCCAGACGAGCAAUGCCACGAAGUGCUGCUCAAGCUGCUUGUCGUUGUCCCAACUGCCAAGAGGCGGACCGAGUUGGCUCAGGCAGUGAUAUAGCAAAGCGCAAAAUUAUGCAUAACUGCCACAUACCUGGCUGUGGAAAGGCAUAUGCCAAGACCUCCCAUCUGAAGGCUCACUUACGCUGGCAUAGUGGAGAUCGCCCCUUUGUCUGCAACUGGCUGUUCUGUGGGAAGCGAUUCACCAGGAGUGAUGAGCUACAAAGGCACCUACAAACCCAUACUGGGGCAAAAAAAUAUCCUUGUCCUUCCUGUAGUCGUGUCUUCAUGCGGAAUGAUCAUCUGACCAAGCACAUGAAGACCCAUGAAGGUGAAACCAGGGGAACCUCAGAGACAGCUGGCAAGACCAAGAGAGAGCCAGAUGAGAGCAGUAGUAGCCAUUCUUGAAGAUCUUUAGAAGGGCAGGGCUUUUCACCCUUGCAACAUUAUCUUCCACAUUCAAGAAACAGUAGUGUGGAUUAGUCAGUGGUGCUCAACCUCAGUCAUCAAGGGACCCUUCAGGGCACACUAACAAUUUUGCGUUGUUGUAACUUGUGGUAAAAUGUGCAUUUUAACAUGUGUUACCGCAA